AUGGGUAUGCACAUGGAAGCAAAGGGAACGCCGAAGAACCAGCAAGACCGUGUGUGCGUGUGGGAUGGGCGGGUGGCAGCAGCGCAGCGCAUCCCUUCUCCCAUCGUACGCACGGCCGUCCGUGGCGAGAUGGGAUCCGACCUGCCGUUGAGGAUGAUCAGAAGGCGGCACUGCAGCAGGACGCAGCUCCCGGGUGGCAACACCCACGCCCGGCGGCCUGGCUCUUGCACCUUCCCUGCCCUCGGGCGGGGCCCGGGCGAUAGGGGAAGGUUCAGCGAGGUUUUGGGCCGGCAGUUUGGCGGCACACGCUGA